AUGACUGGUGAGGGCAAAGCUGAGCGUGCCGAUGCCCGACGCCGCAGCUCACGUAUUUCUCGGGCAUCUCUAAGUGGGGACUGGAACAGUUUGGACGAGUAUGGCAAGCUCGUAAAGUAUGUUUCGACGUUCCGCGAUGCCAAUGCCGCGGAUGAAGAGCAAGGUGAAGUGGUCGAGAAACGAGUCUGGUACGCCCCGUGGAAGAAACGAAAGGGUCACGUCAGAAAAGUUGAGGGGGAAGCCGGCAAGUUUCCAGAUGAGUGGACCAUGACGGAUAUCCGAGAGGGACUUUCUAGCCAUGAGGUUCCACUGCGUCGUCGUCGGGCUGGGUGGAAUGAGUUGACAUCCGAGAAGGAGAAUCCUAUUGCUAAGAUCCUGUCUUACUUCCAGGGUCCAAUUCUCUAUGUUAUGGAAUUGGCUGUUUUGCUUGCUGCUGGUUUGGAGGACUGGGUGGACUUCGGUGUCAUCAUUGGUAUCCUGUGCCUGAACGCGUCAGUGGGCUGGUAUCAGGAGAAGCAGGCUGCCGAUGUGGUUGCGAGUCUGAAGGGUGAUAUUGCCCUACGUGCGCAGGUUAUUCGUGACAGCACUCGACAAGAAUGUCUUGCUCGAGAGUUGGUUCCAGGAGACGUAGUCAUUAUUGGCGAAGGACAAGUCGUGCCUGCGGACUCCAGGGUUAUCUGUGAUGUCAAGGAUGAACAUGGCUGGGAAGAGUUCAACCAGCUUCAAGAGCAGGGUAUGCUCGGUGGAGGGUCCGAGUCUGAUGAAGAGGAUGACCCAACCAAGGUCGAUAAGGACAAGGGCGAGGGCGAUGGCAAAGCCAAGGAGGAGGAAGAACACCAGGCGAAGAAGGCCCGCAGACGGGGUUAUCCUAUUUUGGCUUGUGAUCACUCGGCCAUCACGGGUGAGUCUCUAGCUGUGGAUCGUUAUAUGGGAGAUAUGGUCUUCUACACAACUGGCUGUAAGCGUGGCAAGGCCUAUGCAGUCGUUCAAACGGGUGCGAGAACUUCGUUCGUUGGCCGCACUGCAAGUAUGGUGCAAUCUGCUAAAGGGGCUGGCCACUUUGAACUUGUCAUGGACAAUAUCGGAACAUCUCUGUUGAUUCUCGUUAUGGCAUGGAUUCUUGCUGCGUGGAUUGGUGGAUUCUUUCGUCAUAUUCCUAUCGCUUCGCCUGGUCAACAGACUUUGCUUCACUACACUCUAUCGUUGUUGAUUAUUGGUGUACCGGUCGGUCUACCUGUGGUGACCACUACCACCAUGGCUGUUGGGGCUGCUUAUUUGGCAAAGAAAAAGGCCAUUGUGCAAAAGCUGACUGCAAUAGAAUCCCUGGCCGGUGUUGAUAUUCUGUGUUCCGAUAAGACCGGUACUCUCACGGCAAACAAAUUGAGUAUUCGUGAUCCUUACGUAGCUGAAGGUGUCGAUGUUGAUUGGAUGUUCGCCGUUGCAGCUCUCGCAUCGUCGCACAAUAUUGAAUCUCUCGAUCCGAUUGAUAAAGUUACAAUCUUGACGCUUCGGCAAUACCCAAGAGCACGAGAUAUCUUGCGACGGGGAUGGUCAACUGAAACUUUCACGCCAUUUGAUCCUGUUUCAAAACGUAUCGUCACCAUUGCCACCUGUGACGGCGUGCGGUAUACCUGCACCAAAGGCGCUCCGAAAGCCGUGCUUCAAUUGACAAGCUGUUCAAAGGAGACUGCCGACUUGUACAAGGCCAAAGCACAGGAAUUUGCGCAUCGAGGCUUCCGCUCUCUCGGUGUUGCAGUUCAAAAGGAAGGAGAGGACUGGGCUUUACUUGGAAUGCUGCCAAUGUUUGAUCCGCCCCGAGAAGACACCGCUCAAACAAUAAGCGAAGCUCAAAAUCUCGGUAUCAGCGUCAAGAUGCUCACUGGUGAUGCCAUUGCUAUUGCAAAAGAAACCUGCAAGAUGUUAGCUUUAGGUACUAAGGUAUACAAUUCCGACAAGCUAAUCCACGGCGGUUUGAGCGGUGCUAUGGCCAGUGAUCUGGUUGAAAAGGCAGACGGCUUUGCCGAGGUGUUCCCAGAGCAUAAAUAUCAAGUCGUGCAAAUGCUACAGGAACGAGGCCAUUUGACCGCCAUGACCGGUGAUGGUGUGAAUGACGCACCAUCUCUCAAAAAAGCCGAUUGUGGCAUUGCUGUGGAAGGCGCCUCGGAAGCCGCCCAGUCGGCAUCCGACAUCGUAUUUCUUGAGCCUGGGCUUUCGACCAUUAUUGACUCCAUAAAGGUAGCUCGUCAAAUCUUCCAUCGCAUGAAGUCGUAUAUCCAAUACCGCAUUGCCUUAUGUUUGCACCUUGAGAUUUACCUUGUCACUUCGAUGAUCAUCCUCAAUGAAAGUAUCCGUGUUGAGCUUAUUGUCUUCCUGGCAUUGUUUGCCGAUCUUGCGACUGUUGCGGUGGCGUAUGAUCAUGCGUCCUUUGAGUUGCGACCUGUUGAAUGGCAACUUCCCAAAAUCUGGUUUAUUUCUUGCCUUCUUGGAGUUCUCCUCGCCUUGGGUACAUGGGUAAUUCGAGGAAGUAUGUUCCUGAAAUCCGGAGGCAUUAUUCAAAAUUGGGGAUCCAUUCAAGAGGUUCUCUUUUUGGAAGUAGCUCUUACUGAGAACUGGCUCAUCUUUGUCACUCGUGGUAUCGACACAUGGCCAUCUAUCCACCUGGUGACCGCGAUCCUUGGCGUCGAUAUUUUGGCCACCAUCUUCUGUUUGUUUGGUUGGUUUACAAACGAGAAUGUGAGGACCAAGCCCGCAGAUCAUUUUGUGGAGACCAGGAAUGGCUGGACCGAUAUUGUCACUGUUGUACGAAUCUGGGGUUAUUCGCUGGGGGUGUCAAUCGUGAUCGCGCUGGUGUACUUCGUUUUGAACAAAAUCGAGUGGCUCGACAAUCUGGGUCGUGUCCAGCGGGACAAGGGCGAGGUCAAAAUUGAGAAUUUGCUUGCUCAUUUGUCUCGUCUUACGGUUGAGUACGAGGAAAGGGGUGCGCCGAAGGGUCGGUUCUGCUUGACUGCAAGCAAGGAGGAGGAGGAAGCUGAGUAA